AUCUAACAUAUAUAUAACCAUGGCCCCAUUCCAACAUUCAAGUCAUAGAAUAGUAUGUGGUUUAACCAGUCUUUACCUAUAUCAGUCUUGCUACCAUGGUCCAAAUUGUUGUUGCUGGAGGCUCAGGAGAAGUCGCUCAGGAGGUCAUUAACGCCUUAGUAGCCACCAAAAAACAUGACAUUACUAUUUUCAGUAGAAAAGUGACGGAGGUUCGAGACAGCAAUCGGCAUGGUGUUACGUGGCGUCAAGUCAACUAUGAGAACAAGGUUGAAUUAGUCGCGGCUUUACAGGGCGUCGAUACCGUGCUUUCCUUUAUCCAACUCCUCCACGAUCCAGGCAAUAAGGCGCAGAAAAGCCUGAUCGACGCCGCUGUCAUAGCUGGUGUAAAGCGGUUUGCACCGAGCGAGUGGGGAAGUUGUAGCGGUGUAGGAAUGCCAUGGUGGACGGGCAAAGACGAAGUCAAGGAGUAUUUGAGAAAAGUGAACGAGAACAAAAAGGUCCUGGAAUACUGUUUAUUCCAGCCUGGCUUGUUCCUGAACUAUCUUGCUACUCCGCAUAAGACCUCAAAACACCUAACACCACUGAACACCUUUAUCGAUAUCCAUAACCGUCGCGCUAUCGUCGUCGAGGGGCACGAUCCCAUCAUGACCUUCACUACUAUCCAGGAUAUGGCAGCGGUAGUGGCUCAAGCUGUUGAGUUUGAAGGAGAGUGGCCCGUGGUUGGAGGUAUCAGGGGCAACAGUCUUCCAGUCUCAAAGAUUAUUGAGAUCGCUGAACAGGUCCGAGGUGGCCCUUUCGAGGUAGAUACAGUCAAAUUCGAAGAUCUCGAAGUUGGGAAUCUAACGACAUCCUGGAAGUUGGAGGCUCGCCACCAUAGCGUCACAGAUGAGGAGGCAGCUGAUAUGCUCAAGGGAGUACUCGUAGGUAUGCUCUUAAGUAGUGCUAAGGGUGCUUGGAACAUAUCCGAUGAGUGGAACCAGUUGCUACCGGAUUAUAGGUUCACUGAUAUGAGUCAGUUUCUAGGUGAAAUUUGGCAAGAGAAGGCAUAAUGUGCCGGCUUCCGCAAUAUAUAGAACCAAUAUGUGUAAGCUAUAUAGGGAAUGAUAUCUCUUGAGCCUGAGAGUAUAGAGUGGUUUACUCGAAAGAUAUUUUGAUCAAUACCUCUAGGUUAGGUACCUACCUAGGCAGUUAUAAGUAGAUCUCAUUCAACC